GGGCCACCGUACUUGUUGUGUUUGUUUUCAGUCGAAGGAAAGAUGGCGGACGAACUGGACCGAGUGCGAAUCUCAGCCGCGGAACUCCGAGCCGAGGCGUCGAGCGCCGGGAACAGCACCGACUGUCAGAAAGAUGAGCAGCAUGUACCCAAGCAACAUUUGAAGCGGGAAGCAAAGCGCCCUGAUCAGCAGCGCUUCAAACCAGCAGCUGGACAUGGGCGGCAUCACCAUGACAGUGACGAGGGCGAAACCUGUCAAAGCGACCCCCCGGCCACUUGUGUACAUGAGCAUGAUAAACCGAUGCAGAGUGAGAAAAAGGCGAUCUCUGAAAAAGUUUCAGACUCCACAGAUGGUGGGACGGGCACUGACUUCGGGGAAGAAGACAGGGUGAGAGGUGAUGGAAGUAACACUCAGAACCGUAAAAAGGGCAGCCACUCACGGCCUAAAAUGGAAGCAAAUCAAGAAAAGAGCUUUGUAGAAAAUGACAAAGAACCCCUGGAACCCGCUGGAGCUGCUAAACCAGCAAGGAAAGCACGCAAACCUGACCGGGAACUUUAUCAACCUGGGACCCGCAGGAGUACCCAGGGAAAGGAGUAUGGAGUUGGAAAAGAGCAAGAUACACCUCCCCCAGGGAAGCAGGGGCAUAAAACUGAUCCAGAAGCCCAGUCUAAUACAGAGGAAAUGGAGGUGAACAAAAAGACAUCCCCAGAGAAGCCAAGAGGGAAAGUUAAAGAAGUAAAAGAUACACAGGAAAAUGUAAAGGUUUCCAAAUCCAGUGAGACAAAUAGAAAGCAAGGAAGCCGAGAUGUUCAAAAGCCUUUGUUACCACCUGAUGCUUCAGUGGAGAAAAUGACCUGCAUGGUAGAAAAACUCAGCAUGAAAGAAAAGGGUAAAGUUGGAAGUGAAGGCCAAGAUGUUGGAGAGUUAAGUUGCAGGAGAGGGAAAACUACUGAAAAGGGAGGGCAGGGCCAAAGGGGUGGGGAAAAAGAAGAGGAGGAAAAGAUAGAUAGGACGAGAGGAAACCGCAGGAGAAGAGGAGGGGAGAAGGAAAAAGAGGGGAAUCGGGAUGGCAUAAGUGGUGGAGGAAGGAGUGACCUAGGGAAAGAUGAUAAAGCGAGAGACCGGAGGGCAGUAGAAGCAGACAGGGAUAACAAACCAGCUAAGACAGUAGAGACAAACCAAAGCAAACUGAGAGAAAAUCGUGGAGAAAACCGAAGAGGAGGAGAUUACAAUAACAACCGGUCCAGAGAAGCUGAGAAAGAUGUUAAGACAGAAAAAAAUGUAGACAGGAUUGAAGAAAGAGUAAACAGAAACCAAUUCAAUGCAAACAUCACGCCAUCAUCAUCAAAGAGAUAUUCCAAGUCAGAUAUUCGACGCCCUCGGAAUCGAACUUACAGCAGUAGCUCAGCCAGCAGUGUGACCAGCCUCGAAGGUCCAGGAGUGGGGAUGAAUUUGGAAAAUACCAAGUGGCCACGCUUGCACCCUAAGCUCAAUAAUAAAGAGAAGAUGGCUACUUAUAGCGACGGACAAAGGAGGCAUUUAAAAAGCUGGACAACUAACGGGGAAUCAUCUACAGAAUCACUGGAAAGGAGUGAGAAAGGUGACGUAGCAGAGAAUAGAAAGCGGCGGAGAAGAGGAGGGGAGGACGAACUAAAUGCAGCAAGACGGCGGGAAGAAAGGAAGGGAAACAGGGGUGGAGGUCGGGGGAUACUAAGGGUUUCUAUCGAGAAACAUUCAGUUUCCACACCACAUAGUGGGGAUCCACAGCAUGGCAAGCAAGGCCUGGUUCCUCGUGCCAGAGGUGGGGGUAUCCUGGUGCUUCCAUCCAACACAGACAUCUCUAGCUCCCCUGGGGUUGGGCAAAGGCUUUUUGGUGGAAUUAGGGGGGGUGCGGCCUCCAGCAGUAGAGGAGGCAGAGGAGGAGUGAGACGGCUUUGGGAUCCCAAUAACCCAGACCAGAAACCUGCCCUUACCAGCACCCAGUCCUCACAGCAUAAAUCUCUCCAACAGCCUAUAUAUCUUCAGACAGGGACUGGAUAUGGACAACUUCACUUUCUGGACACAGACGAUGAGGUAGCAGGCAGUCCUCCAGUCCCGCAGGGUGAGCACCUUCGAUCCCAGCAGACUGCUGCCAUAGCCCAUUACAAAUUCCAAAACUCUGACAACCCCUAUGGCUACCCCAUGCCAACCAGCAGCCCACACAGUCCUGGCAACACCACCAGCCAACGCUAUCCAUAUCCAUACCAUAUAGGGCCCUACCAAACGGCGCCCCCGUCUAACGGUAUGUACCCGGGCCCUGGGAUGGGUCAGAUCGGUGGGAGUUACAAGGGAGCAGCUUAUUCUCAGCCAGGUGCGGGAGGUAGUUUGAGUUUUCAAGAGGUGGAGCAACAGGCCAGGGGGGAGCUGGGCAAGCUGUUGAGGAAUGCGGAUACACAGGAGCUCCUGCUCAGUAACCUGCUGUCAAGGGACAGAGUGAGUGCGGAUGGACUGGAUCGCAUGGCCCAGCUCAGAGGGGACCUUUUGCGGGUAUAUGAGCAGGUCAUCCUCACAGACAUAGAGUUUUCAGACUCUCAGAAUUUGGAUCAAGCUUUGUGGAAGAAUGUGUUUUACCAGGUCAUAGAGCGAUUCCGGCAACUACUCAAAGACCCUGCCUCUGACAACACCCCUCAUAUCAGGAACAUGUUGCUCACGCUGCUUGAUGAGGGAUCACUCUUCUUCGACGCUCUGCUUCUGAAGCUGCAGACAGUAUACCAGUUUAAGUUGGAGGAUUACAUGGAUGGCAUGGCUAUAAGGGCUCGGCCAUUACGCAAAAUGGUCAAAUAUGCACUUAUUAGUGCUCAGCGCUGCAUGAUUUGUCAGGGAGAUAUCGCACGUUACCGGGAACAAGCCAGCGACUCGGCCAACUACGGCAAGGCUCGCAGCUGGUAUCUGAAAGCUCAGCAGAUUGCCCCCAAAAAUGGACGACCAUAUAACCAGCUGGCCCUGCUGGCAGUUUAUACAAAGAGGAAGUUGGACGCUGUGUAUUAUUACAUGCGAAGCUUGGCAGCUUCCAACCCCAUCCUCACGGCAAAGGAGAGCCUGAUGAGUCUGUUUGAAGAAGCUAAGCGAAAGACAGAGCAGCUUGAGGGAAGGAGGAAGAAGGAGCACGAAGGGGGAUCUCGGGGUCCACCGGUGAGAGGAAGAGGAAGAGGGGAAGAGGGAGCACGUGUGGAGAUCUGGAUUCGCCCCAGCGCGCAAGCAGCAACCCCUUCAUCACAUAGAGGAGGUAGUGAGUCCAGCAGAGACUCUGAACUGGAUGGAGAGCUUGGGAGUCUCAGCGCAAGUGACUUAAACAAGAGGUUCAUUCUGAGGUUCUUGCAUGCCCAUGGCAAGCUCUUCACUAAAGUCGGCAUGGAGUCAUUCCCCGGGGUGGCGAGCCGUGUUCUGCAGGAGUUCAAGAAGUUACUCCAGCAUGGACCUUCCCUACUGGGCAGCACACACAUGCUGCAGAUCAUCACUAUCAAUAUGUUCAGUAUACACAAUGCCCACAGCAGAGAUGAAGGAGGAGAUGUGCGGUCCGUUUUGCAAGAGCAAAGCACUGCGCUGGGCCUCGGCAUGUUUGCACUUCUGGUUCAACGCUGCACGGAGCUGCUCAAAGAUACUCCUGCAGGUACAGACAUGAAAGCACCCCAGAAGUAUUUGAUCAGCAAACCAGUUCCCAUGGCAAAUGGAGAGGAGGAGGGGAAAGGGCAGGAGCUUGAGGGUAUGUUGAGGGUCUCUGCUUUUCCUCGUGAUCUAAAAGAACUACUGCCAAGCAUCAAGGUCUGGUCUGACUGGAUGUUGGGACAGCCAGACCAGUGGAACCCACCGCCAUGCAGUAUAGAUGGUAGCCCUAAUGUUUGGCAAUGCCUGGCUGACCUGUGUAAUAUGCUGGCACGUGUGGACCACGAGGAAGUGCCCCUUUUCAAAGCGGACACUGAUGAAGGCGAGGGAGAUGAAGAGUUGACUGUGCUACAGUUGAAGGAGGACAGGUUGCUUGCUGGUUUUGUACCAAUACUGGCUGCACCACAGGAGGCGUGUUACACAGACAGCCACACUGACAUGACAAUAGCAGAAGAUUGUAAGAGAGUGACGGUGCUCAAGUACUUUCUGGAGGCGUUGUGUGGACAGGAGGAGCCUCUGUUGGCCUUCAAGGGUGGCAAGUACAUCUCUGUGGCAACUUCUUCUCCACCCGACCACUCGGCGAAUACAGGAGGCAGGCAGGGUUCUCACACAGAGAAAGAGGCUGAUGAUGUCAUAGUCGAGGCCGAGUCGUCUCUCUCCACGUCAGAAGGAGAGGAGGAGGCGGAUGAUAGUGAGAAUGACAUCAGACAGCUGAAGGCACGACGCCAUGUCCUCACCAACAAACUGGCACAGCAACAGAAGCGCAAGGAAAAAAUACAGGCGGUUCUGCAGACUGGUGGGCAGUUGGAGCUGGAAGUGAGGCCUCGGUUUUUGGUUCCAGACACCAAUGGAUUCAUUGAUCAUUUGGAAGGGCUGCAGAAACUUCUUAAGUGUAGAACCUACAUCAUAGUUUUGCCUCUCAUUGUGAUUACUGAGUUAGACGGCUUGGCUAAAGGCCAGGACAACUUUGGUGGAGGAGUUGGGUCAGGUGGUCGCAACUCGGGCAGUCGUGGCAACCAUAAUGUCAGUUCCGCCCAUGUGCGGUCUGUGCAGGAGAAGGCCCGGUUGGCAGUGGCUUUCUUAGAGAAAGGAUUCGAGGCCAGGGAACCGUGCCUCCGGGCCCUAACAAGCAGGGGAAGCCAGCUUGAGUCUAUUGCUUUCCGGAGCGAAGACACCUCUGGACAACAGGGCAACAACGAUGACGUGAUUCUGUCCUGCUGUCUCCACUACUGCAAAGACAAGGCAAAAGAUUUCAUGCCCGAACAGAGAAAUGGGACAGUGAGGCUCCACCGAGAGGUCGUACUCCUCACAGAUGACCGCAACCUGCGCGUCAAAGCGUUGACCCGCAACGUCCCUGUGCGAGACAUCUCUGCUUUCCUCAGCUGGGCCAAAGUGGGGUGAACCAAGCUCAGCUGGAGUCAAAGGAAGCCAACUGCUGAAGCCUGCUUGCCACGCAGCCAGAGGAGGAGACACACUUAAACAGAUGAAGAAGAGGAUGAAAUAACAGGGGAGAGGAGAUGAAGAAGAGAGCUAACAACCACUACUUAUGAAACACAAGUACAUGUAGUGAGAGUGGUUUCUGUGAGCUUUUCCCUCUUGUGAUGAAGUGUGUGUGUUGUGUUAAGAUCAGUGAGCUUCCUCAGAGGGAGACCGGAGACUUGAUGAGUCUCAGGAAGGCUGGACUACAGAGUGGGGGGAGUAAAAAUGGAGUGAUGUGAUUUGUAAGUUGUCGGGUCCAGCCUCGACCCUCUGCACCUAGUUAGUGAGUGUGUACUCUGCAAGCGGUAUUAAAUCUGGGCCUGAUGAUAGGAUGAGCCAGAGAGAGGGAGUGUUAAUGGUCAUUUAAUUGAUGAAAUACAUCAGUACUGAAGGCCACACCUGGUACUUCCCCACCUCUCUGAGGGCCCAGUCUUACAGACUGCUGUGGCCCCUACAGCAGAGCUGAGGGAAAGGAAGGCGGAGAGAAGCACAGCUGGAGCGUCUGUGUCAGUCCAGUUGACAGAGGCUUAAUGUAGUGAGGAUUAAUCAAGAGCCCUCGGUCAACCUCAGCCCCAGCAAGGAAUCACAAGAAGGUACAGUGUUUCCUGCUCAACCAGGAAGUGCACUGUGCCUUCGAUUAUCAUCCAGUUUGAAGCCAACAUUCAGUUCUUGAUAUUGCCAGCAAAUGGUUUUAAAAAGUCAACAACAAAAAGGUUGGGUUCAUUCAUAUUUUGUUCUGUUUUUGACUUUUUGAGUUAAUUUGUUAAAAGUUUUGUUUCUUUCAUGAAGGCAAUUUUCCCCCUUUAACAUCAUAUAACACACUGAUAAUAUACAUCUGCAGAUUUUUCCAGUAGGAACCAUACUUCUGGCUGCAAAUGCAUUUGUACAUAGUCCAUCAUUUGUGUGUAUGAGCAGUGUAAACUGUGCUUUAAUACAUCAUGGCUGUUUGGGUUGAGUUUUCAGGUUCGAAACAUUUUAACACAAUGGAAUUCAGUGGUUUAAGCAAAAUGUGAAGCCAGAGUCUGCAGAAGUGAUUGUGUUAAGGAACAGGGGGGGAGGAUUUCCUGCAGAUACAUGCACUCGACCGACUGCAAGCUGAUCUCAGCUAAUUUAAACCAAUUUUACUGAAUGAUCACUUGGACACAUCAGUGUGAGAAGAACUAUCUAAAAUGACAGAAAACAUCUGAGUGCAUUUUGUUUAACAUAUCAUGGUGCCAGCCACCAGGGGGCGAUGGAGAUAAUUUGGCUUCAUUUUUAGGGAGUUGUUAUGACCUCCAUUGUUUGGUAUCAGUUUUUUGUGCUUUGACGUUCAUACCACCUCAAUAGUUUACCUUUUGACAAAAUGCUUUUAUUAGCCAAAACCUGUUUUCCUGUUCAGAGCGUAGCAUUGUGUUUCAGAUAUCCACUUUACUUUAGUUAGGAUAAAAUACAUGUGUUCGCAGACCUCAUAUCGCAGCGUGUACAAUUUAGCAUUUCACUGAUAGGUAGAGUUUGUGUUGGAGAUGAGCUUGUUCUUUGUUCGAGACAGAAUCUGAGAUGUCAGUUUAUUUCUAUGUACUUCUCAGACACCUCAAAACAGAUAUAAUCUACACCUCUGUUAUGUGACCUCAUCCAGAAUUCAAAGUUCACUCUCCACAUGUUCACCAUAUGUUAAUGCUGUACUGUAGGCCGAUGUGGCUAUUCCACUUUCUGUUUGUGUUGUACCUUUUCAGCAUGGCGCGUACAACUUCCAUCCGCAGAUGUAGUUUCCGUAUUUGUGUUAACCGGUUAAUUCAUUCUUUUCAGCGCCUCUGUUCUUUCUGUAGCCUCUGUUAAGUUGCACUGCUUCCGUGUUUUAGUGUCAGAGCAAAUGUAGUCAGUAAUUGACAUGACAAGUGUUUUUUUCUUCAUCAUUAAAAAUAACUUUAAACUGUU